AUGGAGUUGGGCUUAGUUGGCUUGCCCACACAUUCAUCUGACCCAUUUGGAUUUGGGUUAGAAGAUUGGACCGCCCAAGGCUUAGAUCUGACAAUUUCAUAUUUAGCCCCUUCAAUCAUCAUCCUUGCAUUGGUCUGUCCUUCAUCUAAUGUUGCUGCUUAUGCUUCCUUUGGAGAAGAAGAACAGAAGCACAACUAUCUCACAGGUUCAAUCCCUGCCUCUAUAGGGAACUUGAGUAGCUUAAGUACCCGUUUAUACCUCAAUUCCAACAAACUCUCUGGACAUAUUCCUUCCAAUAUUGGGAAUUUGAGGAAGCUCCAGGUGUUGUUCUUAUUUCAAAAUCAGUUAACUGGUACCAUCCUUCCUGAAUUGAAUAAUCUCACAUUUUUUGUUGUAUUUGCGUUAUCUCAAAAUGAGCUUACUGGCCAGUUACCACGAGAUACAUGCUUCGGUGGUUUAUUAAGACCUUUGGCAGCAAAUGACAACCAUAUCCAAGGCCUAAUUCCUAAAAGCUUGAUAAAAAACUGCACCAAUCUAUGUAGAGUUAGGCUUGAAAGAAAUGAACUCACUGGAAAUUUGUCCGAAGCUUUUGGGACGUACCCUUCAUUGAAUUACAUUGAUCUGAGUUAUAAUAAAUUUUAUGGCCAGCUUUCAGAAAAAUGGGGUGAGUCUCGUGGUCUGACUAGCUUUAGAAUCUCCAACAAUAACAUUUCGGGAGGCAUACCUCCUAAGCUUGCAAAGGCAACACAUUUGUGUGUACUUGACAUCUCUUCCAAUCAACUAGUUGGGGAGAUCCCAAUAAAAUUGGCAAGUUUGAUUUCGUUGUUUCAUCUCAGUCUAAGUGAUAACAAACUUUCAGGAAACAUUCCAUUGUGUGGUUCCACAAAAACUUGUAGCAUUGAAAAGCUUGGAAAUUUCCACAAUGAACUCCACAGCUCCAUCCAAUCUACUCUAGAUGGAAUGUUAAGUUUGGCAUUGGUUGACAUAUCCUACAAUCAGUUGGAGGGUCCGCUUCCCAACAUCAAAGCCUUUCAAGUUUUAUUUGAAGCACUACGAGGGAAUACAGAAAGGGAAAGCUUGAAAAAGAUACUAAGCAAUGAGAAAGAAGCUGUGGAUUUUGAAUGGAUUAAGAGGGUCAAUGUUAUUAAAGGUGUGGCAAAUGGUUUGUUUUAUAAGCACCAUGAAUGUUUGCCUCCGAUCAUCCAUCAGGACAUAUCUAGCAAGAAUGUUUUGUUAGAUGGAGAAUAUAUGGCUUACAUUUCAGAUUUUGGCAUAGCUUUUCUAAAGCCUGAUUCAUACUAUUGGACUUCAUUUGCAGGGACCAUUGGAUAUGCUGCCCCAGGCACUAAAGUCCUCCGUCGUUUCAAUAAUGACAACUCGUUUGCAAUAUGGAGUUAUGAUGGAAAAAUGGUGUAUGAAAACAUCAUUCCAGUGACAGAUGACUUUAGUGUUGAACAUUGCAUUGGAGUGGGUGGUUAUGGCAUCAUAUAUAAAGUUGAGAUAGCAAGUGGUCAGGUUGCUGCUAUAAAAAAAACUUCAUUCUUCGUAAGAUAG